AUGGGCGGCCCCGCCGCCCUUCUCCUCAGCGGCCCCGCCGCCCUACUCAGCGGCCCCGCCGCCCUACUCAGCGGCCCCGCCGCCCUUCUCCUCAGCGGCCCCGCCGCCCUACUCAGCGGCCCCGCCGCCCUACUCCUCAGCGGCCCCGCCGCCCUACUCAGCGGCCCCGCCGCCCUUCUCCUCAGCGGCCCCGCCGCCCUUCUCCUCAGCGGCCCCGCCGCCCUACUCAACGGCCCCGCCGCCCUUCUCCUCAGCGGCCCCUCCUUCCUGCUCAGCGGCCCCGCCGCCCUACUCAGCGGCCCCGCCGCCCUACUCAGCGGCCCCGCCGCCCUUCUCCUCAGCGGCCCCGCCGCCCUACUCAGCGGCCCCGCCGCCCUUCUCCUCAGCGGCCCCGCCGCCCUACUCAGCGGCCCCGCUGCCCUUCUCCUCAGCGGCCCCGCCGCCCUUCUCCUCAGCGGCCCCGCCGCCCUACUCAGCGGCCCCGCCGCCCUUCUCCUCAGCGGCCCCGCCGCCCUGCUCAGCGGCCCCGCCGCCCUACUCAGUGGCCCCGCCGCCCUUCCGCAGCAGCCUCGCCGCCCUUCUCAGCGGCCUAGCCGCCCCUCGCACCAGCGGCCCUGCCGCCCUACACCGCGCGCGCCGCCUGAGCCGCCCGAACCGCCCGAGCCUCCCGAGCCGCCCGACCUGCCCGAGCUGCCCGAGCCGCCCGAGCCGCCCGACUCUCCUGAGCCGCCCGAGCCGCCCGAGCAGCCCGAGCCGCCCGAGCCGCCCGAGCCGCCCGAGCCACCCGAGCCACCUGAGCCGCCCGAGCCGCCUGAGGAGCCGAGCCGCUGGUGCCACGGAGCCGCAGUUGCUGCAGUGCCGUCCGAGCAGCCGUGUUGCCAUGCUGCUGUACCGCUGAGCUGCCCGACCCGCCCUGCCUGUGUUCUCGCUUUUGACGCUGAGGGUCGAGCCAUUGACUUUGAGGUUUGGGUGGAUGACCUGCAGCUUUUCCUACAGUGCGAUAGGGCAGACGGUCUUUCCCUCUUUGACCUCACCUCUGGUGCUUCCCCUACCCCUGCUGCCGAUGCCGACGCCACUGUUUGCUCCCAGUGGGCCACUCGCGAUGCUGCUGCACGUCUUGCUGUGCGUCGCCACCUGCCUACCACUGAGCACGCGCACUUUAGCCAGUACAAGAGUGCUCAGACCUUGUACGACGCUGUCGUUGCACGCUACUCCUCCCCUGCCACUGCUGCACUGAGCCGCCUCAUGCUACCGUACCUCUUUCCUGACCUUGCUGCCUUUCCCACAGUCGCUGACCUCAUUACGCACCUCCGCACUAGUGACACUCGCUACCGCGCCGCGCUUCCUGCUGAGGACCACUUCCUCUCAGUCUGUCCCACCACUCUUACUGUUGACCUCCUAGAGAAGGCCCUCCUAGCGGCGGAGAAGAGCAUAGUCCCUGUAGGAGCCUCUCGUGGUGACCCUCGCACCCCCAUCUUUGAGGGGUGUUCCCCUUCCCCCCUGUUGCCCUGUGUCGCCUCUGCUGCUGCGGCCGACCUCGUUGGUCUUGAGUCGGUCGGUGCGGCGUCUGCCCCUAGCGGGAGACGCCGCUCUGGCAAGGGCAAGGGGGGCAAGGGCGCGGGUGGGGCUAGCGGGGGUGGUGGAGGUGGCGGUGGAGGCGGCGGGGGGAGUGGGGGUGGCGAUGGGGGUAGUGGCGGGGGUGGAGGUGGUGGUGGCAGCGGCGGAGGCGGAGGCGGCGGUGGCGGUAGCGGUGGGAGCGGAGGCGGCGGUGGUGGCGGAGGUGGAGGCGGCGGUGGUGGAGGAGGUGGAGCUGGUCAGGGUGGUUCUUCUCACCGGAGCGGCUCCGGGAGUGGUCAGCGCCAGCAGCAGCAGCAGCAGCGUUCUCGGGACAUCCCCCCUCCUCAGCAGCUCCGUGAGUGGUACACGCAGCGUCAGCGUGGUGGGGGUUUCGGCCCGUGCACCUACGUCCUUCGCUCCGGCGACCGCGCGGGUGAGCAGUGUGGGGGUGCUCACCCCACCCAGCGCUGCUUUGGCCGCCUGACGGACGCUUGGCGUCAGCAGUUCCCGGAGGCUAGUGAGAUCUCCCGCUGGGGAGGGCUGUCUAGGGCAGACGAAGCUAUCUUUGAUCUUGACUUUGAUGCUAUCCUUGCUGCCAUGUAUGCUGUGACUAUUAGUGAUGAGGGUGACUGUUACCGGUGUUUCCCGCCCGACCCGAGCAUUGGUACUGCUGCUCUAGGUACUGGUGAGGCUGCUGCUAUAGUUGCCAGUGCGUCCGCGCCCUCAGUUGCUGGUGAGUCUGCGCUCUCAGGUACCACGUCGGCUUCGGCCUCCCUCACCUUCACACUUGACUCAGGGGCUUCUCGCUCCUUCUUUCGAGACCGCACCACACUCACGCCGCUUGGUCGGCCAGUUGCAGUCUCCCUGGCAGACCCCUCUGGGGGUCCUGUCCUCUCUCACUUCUCCACUGUCCUCCCGUGUCCGGCUGCCCCCUCCGGCACCUUGUCUGGUCUUUACCUCCCCUCGUUCUCUACGAACUUGGUGAGUGGUGGUGACCUGCAGGAUACGGGGGUUCACCAGUUCACUCCUGCGAGUCAGCGCGUGACCCACUGCACGGACGCUCGGACAGGCCGACACCUGGCCACGUUUACACGUCGGCCGGGGUCGAGCCUGUACACACUGACCACUGCGUCUCCUCUAGUCACUGCGUCUGGUCAGGUAGCUGCGUCGGGUCAGGUGUUUGCUGCAGCGUCCAGGUCUGGUCCUGAGUCUGCCCCCUACUCGUGUCGCCUCCUGUCUCACGAGACUCUCCUCUGGCACCACCGUCUUGGUCACCCCUCCCUGCCUCGUCUCCGAGGCAUGGCUUCCCGUGUCCUUUUUCCCCCGACAGAGGCCCCGCUGGAGACGCUUCACAUGGACGUGUGGGGCCCGGCCCGCGUACGUGGACAGGGUCACGAGCGCUACUUCCUGCUGGUGGUUGAUGACUACUCGCAUUACACCACAGUCUUCCCCUUGCGCAGCAAGGGUGAUGUCGCUGAGACCUUUACGCUUCCGGACUCUCCACAGCAAAAUGGGAUUGUUGAGCGCCGCAUAGGCAUGGUCAUGGACGUCGCUCGUACGUCCAUGAUGCAUGCGGCUGCCCCCCAUUUUCUGUGGCCGUUUGCGGUUCGGUACGCGGCGCAUCAGAUCAACCUUCACCCCAGGGUCUCCAGACCGGAGACCUCCCCAGCCUUGCUGUGGACGGGGAAGGUCGGCGAUGCGUCGGCGUUCCGUGUCUGGGGAUCUCGGGCAUUUGUCCGCGACUUGUCUGCGGACAAGCUGUCCCCUCGUGCUGCUCCCUAUGUCUUCCUUGGCUUCCCCCCUGACGCCCCUAGGUGGCAGUUCUACCACCCCACCUCUCGUGGUGUUCUGUCCUCCCAGGACGUCACGUUCGACGAGUCAGUACCCUACUACCGCCUCUUCCCCUACCGCACUCCUUCCCUCCCCCCGCCACCGCACUUCCUUGUGCCAGGUCCCCCCCCGGUAGACCCCCUCCCCCCUCAGGGUCCUGCCCCUUCAGGUGUGUCCCAGGUAGAUGCAAUCGAGCCGGUCGAGGUUGCUGGUGACUCUGGUACUGCUGCGGGUGCUGAGCCUGGGGGUGCUGACUCUGGGGGUGCUGCGACUGGGGGUGCUGAGCCUGGGGGUGCUGAGCCUGGGGGUGCUACGACUGGGGGUGCUGAGCCUGGGGGUGCUACAACUGGGGGUGCUGAGCCUGGGGGUCCUUCGCCUGGGGGUGCUGCGUCUGGAGCUAGUGAGCCUGGGGGUGCUGAGUCUGGAACUCCUGAGCCUGGGAGUGCGGAGCCCGCGGCCGCUGGACCUGCUCGUGUGGCGUCUGGCGGUGCUGGGCCUGGUGGUUCUCCGGCUGGUGCUUCUUUGGCUGCUAAGGGUGCUGGUGCCGCCGGUCUCGGAGGUGCUAGUCCUGCGAGUGCUACUGGAGUCGGAGCUGCUGAGGGUGUUGGCGCUGAGGCUACUGCUGUCAUUCCUGGCGGCGGUCCUGCUGUGGGUGCUGCUGGUGCUGCUGGAGGUGCUGGAGCUGGAGGUGCUGUUGACGCUGGUGCUGCCGUUUGGAGUGCUGGUGCUGUCCCUGCUUCGCAGUCACAGUUACCGCCGGCCUCCCCACUGCCUUCUCCUUCUCCGUACACUGGUCCUACUGGAGGUCUUGCUGCGCGUCGUGAGCCUGCGUCUCAUCCUGCGUCGCCUGUUCGUGCUGCUCACACUAGUGGUCGCAGUUCGCGUCAGCGUCCUCCUCCUGUCCCUGGCACGCACCGGAUGUCUCUGCGUCCGUCCACUGCUCCUCUGCGUGCCCCUUUGCCCUCUCCUCCUGAGUCCUCUCUUCCUGCGCUUGCCGACCCUGAGUCGGACUCUCUUCGUGCUGCCAGUCCUACUGUCACGCGUCUCCUUGCUACUGUCGUCAGUGACCCCUCCUUUGAGUCCACUGCUGCGUCUGCUCUUGUUGCUGAGCUCGUCGACUUUGCUGCUCGCUGUCGUCUAGACUACGCUGCUAGUCUUGUUGCUGAGUCAGCGUCUGUCUGUCCUCCGUCCGUUGGGGGUGAGAGCGCUCUUGGCACGGACGUCCUUGAGGACAGGCAGGAGGAGUUCCAGUGUCUGGCUGCUGCUUCACCUCAUCUCGCGUCCGUACUGCUUACCCCUGAGGGAGACCCGGAUGCACUAGACAUCCCGACUCCGCGCUCUUAUACGGAGGCCGUAGAGGGUCCCUACUCCUCUCAGUGGCAGGCAGCUAUGGAUGCAGAGAUGGCUUCCUGGAAGUCCACAGGCACCUACGUUGACGCGGUUCCCCCUCCUGGGGCGAACAUCGUCAGUGGCAUGUGGAUCUUCAGGGUGAAGUGGCCGCCGGGCUCUCCACCUGUCUUCAAGGCGCGGUACGUGGCUCGUGGCUUCAGUCAGCGGCAGGGAGUUGACUACUUUCAGACCUUCUCUCCCACCCCGAAGAUGACCACUCUUCGGGUGCUGCUGCACAUAGCCGCUCAGCGCGACUACGAGCUUCACUCUCUUGACUUCAGCACAGCUUUCCUGCAGGGUAGCCUGCACGAGGAGAUCUGGUUGCGCCGUCCACCUGGCUUCACUGGGACUUUCCCUCCUGGCACCCAGUGGAGCCUCCGACGGCCAGUCUACGGUCUCCGCCAGGCACUGCACGAGUGGCACGACACACUGAGGACUACACUUGCGGCUCUUGGGUUUGCUCCCUCUACUGCUGACCCGUCGCUGUUUCUGCGCACCGGCACCUCUCUGCCGCCGUUCUACAUCCUCGUGUACGUCGACGACUUGGUCUUUGCCACAGCAGACACUGCUGGACUCGCCCACGUGAAGUCCGAGCUGCAGAAGAGACACACGUGCACAGACCUGGGUGAACUGCGCAGCUACCUUGGCUUGCAGAUCACUCGGGACAGAGCACGCCGCACCAUUACCCUGACUCAGUCACACAUGGUGCAGCAGGUCCUUCAGCGCUUCGGCUUCACGUACUCCUCGCCUCAGGCCACUCCUCUGUCUACUCGCCACUCGCUCUCAGCUCUGCCUUCGGAUGAGUCCGUAGAGUCGAGUGGCCCGUACCCAGAGCUUGUUGGCUGCCUCAUGUACCUGAUGACCUGCACACGACCUGACCUUGCAUAUCCUCUUAGCAUUCUUGCACGCUAUGUUGCUCCUGGGAGACACAGACCAGAGCACAUGGCUGCAGCGAAGAGGGUGUUGCGCUACUUGUGCAGUACGUCGGGCAUGGGGCUAGUGCUUGGAGGGCAGAGUCCAGUGGUCCUCACUGGGCACGCGGACGCUUCUUGGGCAGACGACCAGGCUACCCAGCGGUCGUCACAGGGUUACACCUUCAGCCUUGGUUCCGGCUCUGUUUCGUGGCGGGCUACUCGCUCGUCUUCUGUUCUCGGCUCCAGUUGUGAGGCUGAGAUCUACGCCGGGGCCAUGGCUGCACAGGAGCUUCGCUGGCUUACCUACCUGGUGACUGACCUCGAAGAGCCGCCUCGUUCUCCUCCGGUGCUGUACGUAGACAACAAGGCCAUGCUAGCCUUGUGUCGGGAGCAGCGCCUGGAGCACAGAACGAAACACAUUGCUCUCCGCUACUUUCUUGCUUGUGAGUUGCAGCAGCGUGGUCAGUUGCGACUUGCGUACGUGGCCUCUGAGGCCAACACUGCUGAUGUUUUCACCAAGGCACUUCCGCCUUGUGAUCAUCAGCGCUUCUGCACUCAGCUGGGUCUUGUGCCUGUCUUACCUCACUUGCUCACCCCUUGA